AUGCAUCCUCAGCCUUCCAUCGCAAUCAUCGGAGCUGGACCGAGUGGUCUUCUCUUCGCACGCCUUCUUGAGGUGAAUGGCCUCAAGAACUAUGUAGUUUACGAGCGUGACGAGUCCUCUACCCCUGGUCCAUGGCAGCAAGGUGGCUCUCUGGACCUUCAUGGGCCAUCCGGGCAAGAAGCGCUCAAGAAGGCGGGCUUAUUCGAUGAGUUCAACACUGUAUACGCACGUUGGGAUGCAUCAAAGGUCCAUAUUCUUAACUCCUCUGGAGAAACGGUCGGGCGCUUUGGUGAGGGUCGCGAUGCACCGGAGAUUGAUCGGUUGCAGCUGCGACAACUUUUGCUCGAUUCGAUUCCCGCACACAAGGUUCAGUGGGGACAAGGCUUGCAAUCUAUUGAGCGGGAGAAGGACGGUUCGGGAAAUGGGGGUAAUGGCUAUACUCUUUAUUUUAAAAAUGGUAGUUCUGCUACUGGGUUUGAACUUAUUGUUGGCGCUGAUGGGGGUUGGAGCAAAGUUCGUCCGUUGGUCUCUAGCGCUCAACCGGUGUACUCGGGGAAAAUGUACAUUGAAGGCAAAAUCUCGCAUAGCAACGCGAGCUACAAAGAAGCCCACAAAUUGGCUGGGCCAGGAAUGAUGAUGGCGAUGGGGCCAAACAAGAGUUUAGCAUUACAGCAAAUGGCCGAUGGCACGUACAGAAUGUACUUUGGUAUUAUCGUUCCAGAGAAUUUCUAUCAACAUCACCAUGGUAGUGCCGCAGAGAAGUCCGAGGCGGUCCGACAAUUGAUGCUAUCUUCUGAUAAAUUCUACGCAAACUGGGCACCAAGCUUCAAGACUCUCGCUUUAAAUGCGGAAGGUCCCUUCCGUGCUUGGAGCUUGCAUUAUUUCAGACCAGAGGAAAUUGGUUGGGAACGUCAUUUAGCUCCGGGCGUGACACUACUUGGUGAUGCGGCGCAUCUUUCGACGCCUUUUGUUGGCGAGGGAGUGAAUUGCGCUAUGUAUGAUGCUUUGAUGCUGUCUGAGCGUCUUAAGGAGGUUUGUGGUAAGAAUUCGGAUAUUGUAAGUGCGGGGAAAGAGAGAUUGGAAGAGGCCUUGUUUUUGUAUGAAAAGGAAAUGUUUGGGCGAGGUAGAGAUUUGAUUCGUCGGAGUGCGGAGAGUGAAGGUGUGCUUUUUAGUGAAAAUGCAGUGGAGAAAGUUCUUGGAUUUGUGGAUGGGGAACAUGAAAAAUUGCUUUAUGAUGUCAAGGUCUCUGGUGAUAAAUAG